AUGCAACCAAAUGAGGCAGGUGUGAAUGGCACAGACAUCCCCACACCACACCACGCCCUUAUGAGUCGCUCUUUUCGUCUCAUCCGCUCUGCGGUCUCUCGUCCAUCUUUCUUACCUCAGUCUCCUUCCUCUAUCACCUCUUCGGUAUUUCUCAGAAACAAGCCCCCAAUUGUCGUCAUGGCUCACUCAUCCACUGCCUCGGCUGUCAACACCUGGCAAGGUGCUGGUGCAGCAGAGUUUGACCUUCGAAGUGAUACCAUGACCAAGCCGACUCCCUCUAUGCUCGAAGCCAUUUGCCAAACAACCCUUCUCGACGACGUAUUCAACGAGGACCCAACUACCAACGACCUACAAAGCUACGUCGCCCAGCGAACUAAGCAUGAAGAUGCACUGCUAGUUUUAUCAGGAACAAUGGGCAACCAAGUAGCUAUCCGCACCCAUCUGACUCAACCACCCCAUGCCGUCCUCUGCGACCAUCGAUCCCACAUCAUCUGCUACGAGGCCGGCGGCGUGAGUGCCUGGACCGGCGCCACCAUGCAGCCAGUGGUCCCGAAGAAUGGCAUCCAUCUGACUCUCGAAGAUAUCCAGAAAUACGCAGUCCUCGACGACAACAUCCACCAUUGCCCGACCAAGCUGAUCAGUCUGGAAAACACCCUCGACGGUAUGAUCAUGCCUUUAUCCGAGGCUCGUCGCAUUGUGGAGUGGGCUCACCAAAAUGACAUCAAGGUUCACCUGGACGGAGCUCGGCUCUGGGAAGCCGUGGUAUCCGGAGCCGGCAGCCUCGAGGAGUAUACCAGUCUCUUUGACAGUGUCAGUCUAUGCUUCUCCAAAGGCCUUGGUGCGCCGAUUGGAAGUAUCAUUGUUGGAUCCCAGCCUUUCAUUAAGAAAGCUCGCUGGUUCCGCAAAUCGAUUGGUGGCGGUGCCCGACAGACGGGUGUCUUUGCUGCCGCCGCCCGGAUUGCCAUUGACGAGACAUUUGGAAAGGAUUCGCAUGGCCAGUCAGGCAAGCUGCCGGCUACCCAUGCCAAGGCUAAGCGUGUAGCUGAAUUGUGGACCAGUCGAGGGGGGGAAGCUGCAAAAUCCCGUGCACACCAAUAUGGUUUGGCUCGAUCUGGAGGGAAGGGUCUGAGAUUGCUUGGUGGGCGGGUUGUCGUACACUACCAGGUCUCAGAUGAAGCCAUCUCACGUCUAGAGGAGGUUUUCGACAUUGCGAUGAAAGGGGAGUAUCAGCGCAGCGAGGAUACGAGCAGGCCAUACGGGAGUAGCAAGCCAUAG